GGAGCGGCCACGCGCGACAUUUAGGGCCGUGACCACAGAGGCUAAGCGACGGCUACCGUCAGUGUUCGUGGAGAGGUGAAGUCAGACUUCCGCUGGCUGCCCCGUGUACCACAAGGCUGAGUCCUCCCACGCAGACAGGUGCAAACAUUGCAAAGAUUUGCUAAAUACUGAAUACCUACAGAGCCGUGGAUUAGAGAAGCAAGAAAAUGAUGCCAGGCAGUCCUGGAAAACAAAUACUGCAUGAGAGUGUUUUCAAAGGAGGAUAUUAUGGUUAUGUGGCAAUAUUAAAAAUGAGGAGAAGUUCAUCGCUUCACUCAACAAAUAUUCACUAUGUUCUGCUCCGUGGCAUGAACUGGGCCUGGGACAGCAGAAGUGGAGGAGACUGGCCUGGCUUCAGCCUUCAGGAAUCUGUGUCUGUGGAGACAAAGAGUGAUGUCCGUACAACAGAAAGGAAGAGAAAGUUUAGGAGAGCACAGAUGGAGGCAGAGGGGACAUGCACAUUUCCCAGAGGGACAAAAGUGAACCUGAAGGUCCAAAGGAUGGAUGCGAGCAAUGCAAAGUGUGCUGUGGGGGUUUUGGAGAGCAUUCCAGACACAGGAAGAACAGAAGGGCCACCCUCUAGGGACCAGCGGUCUGCACAGAGCACAGAGGUGCCAGCAGAGCAGGUGAGUAGCAUCUGGCCCCUGCUCUGCCCUCCACGUGCACAUCCUGGCACACAGCUGCCCCACACCCAACAACAUCCUCCUCUCCACACGGAAGUAGCAAAUGCUUGCCAAGCCAACUCCUAUGAGUAUAUUAAUUUGAGUCCAGGAUAAACCAUUUUCACAUAGAGACCCCCAAGCUUAGUGGUUUAAACAACCUGGAAGCUUGUUUUCCCUUAUGUGACACUGCAAAUGGUCCAGGGCUGGGAGCGCGGCUCUGCCCUCUUCUCUGAGCCCAAAGCUCUCCAGUGGUCUCUGUCCUUCAGCCUUCAGGCACAGGGAUGGGGAUACACAUGCAUCUCUUCAUGUAGGACAAGGAACACAAGUAGCAUGCAUCACUUCUCACUUCUCAUGUGUGAAAACUUGGUCCCAUGGUCACACCAAGAUUCAGGGGGGCUGAGAAAUGUAUCCCGUGGCUGGACAUCAUGCGCUGUGCUAAAGCCGGCAGCAAACAGGGGAGGAUGGAUGUCAGCAGAUAUUUAGCAGUCCAUGCCACAAGGGCAAGUGGGAAAGAAGGGCAAGAUGAUGGCAGAGGAGCCGGCAGGAGUCAAAUCACAUAAAACCUUGUUCAGAGCAAAGGAAACCUAGCUGUAGCCCUUAAAAAAGGGCAGUGGCAGAUUUAUGAGGACAGUGUGUGCUCACAGAAAAGGCUUUGCAAAAAAGCCUUGACUGAUCAGGGAAGACACAAGCCGAGGUUUCCCACUGAUUCUCCCACCUAAUUGUUACAUGUCCUUGUUUCCCAACAACCCAAAUACGCCUUCAGGGGACACAUGUCUGACUCAUAUGGUCUCCGAACAAAUGGCCUGGGGGCUUCACAUUAACAGAUAGUUUUAUGCAGAUAUAGACAGAAAUCUGAAAUAUCCUGUGUUAUUUAGCUUUGUACUGUCAGUGACCCUAGGGUGUGCUCUGAGUUUACAUAUGGUCACACAGGUCCCAACAAAGCACACAUCCUGAGGUGCAGAGGUGGCCCCACCAGCACACUCAUAUCUGUGAAUACAAGCGUGGCCUCUGCAUUGUGGUCAAGCCACAGAGAGCCAAACCACAUUCCUGCCUGCAUCCUCUUGAGGACUGUCAGAUCCCACCGUGGAUACAGGGCCAUCCACAUGGCAUUCAGGCCAGCACCCCAAAUUCUGUCUACACUGGAACAUCGAGGCUGAGGACUUGAUAGCUGCUGUCUGAAUUGGUUCAGUACACGGAAACUGGACUUGAAUCCAGGAAGGAGCACUUUAGAGAGCCACUUAUCUCACACCCUCAGCCUCGACCUGGCAGAAUGCUACUCCUGUAAAGACAACGGUAGUGUGUGUGUGUAUCUGUCUGUCUGUCUGUCUAUCUAUCUAUCUAUAUGUGUAUGUGUUCAUUUUUGUUAUCUCAUCCUCUCUGUAACUAUCUGAGGUACAUAUUAUCAUUCUUACAGAACUGAUGAAGACAUGGAGCCCAGGGAAGCUGGGUGACCUGGCACCUGCACCCACAGCCAGGAUUCGAACCCAGUUCUGUCUGGCACCAAACUCAUGCUCAUUUCCCUGCACCCUGUGUUGUUUAGUUAGUAGUUUUCUUCCUCAGAUUUAAUCCAUUUUAGAAAUUGGAUCAAUGAACUAGUUUUGGGACAUCUGUCUAAAUUAUAUUUAUAUUAUAUUACAUACAUCUAUCAUCCAAAAUGAUUUUUUCCAAAACCUACCUAAAUUUGCAUGCAAAUCACUGGCUAUAUCCUAUAAAAAGCACAUCAGAAAAUUCUGAUGUUCCUAUUCUUUUUUUUAACUAUUUUGAGAAAGAGAGAAAGCGUGAACAGGGGAGGGACAGAGAGAGAGAGGGAGAGAGAGAAUCCCAA